AUGGGAGGUUCGCAGAGUGUGGAGAUACCGGGAGGAGGCUCCGAGGGUUACCACGUCCUCCGGGUUCAGGAGAAUUCGCCUGGUCACCGGGCAGGACUGGAGCCCUUCUUUGACUUCAUCGUCUCCAUCAACAAUACCAGACUGAACAAGGACAAUGACACGCUAAAGGACUUGCUGAAAGCCCACGUUGAGAAACCAGUGAAGAUGCUGGUUUAUUCUUCAAAGACUCUGGAGCUGCGGGAGGCCACCGUGACACCCAGCAACCUGUGGGGGGGUCAGGGCUUGCUUGGUGUCUCAAUUCGCUUCUGCAGCUUUGAGGGAGCCAAUGAGAAUGUGUGGCAUGUGCUGGAAGUGGAGCCCAAUUCCCCAGCAGCCCUCGCCGGCUUACGGCCACACACUGACUAUAUAAUCGGAGCUGAUACUGUUAUGAAUGAGUCUGAAGACCUAUUUUCUCUAAUAGAGAGCCACGAGGGGAAGGGCCUGAAGCUCUAUGUGUACAACACAGACACUGACAACUGCAGAGAGGUGGUCAUUACACCUAACAGUGCCUGGGGAGGAGAGGGCAGCCUUGGAUGUGGGAUCGGCUACGGAUACCUACACAGGAUUCCCACUCGACCAUUUGAGGAGGGGAAAAAGAUCAGUUUCCCUGGAAACUCUCCCAGUGAGCCCGUCAGUCCACUGAAGGACGGCUUUACUGAGGUCCAGCUUUCAGCAGUCACCCCUCCUGCUGCACCUGCAGUUCCCUCUGGCCUUGAAGAUUCACUGUCUGGCCUGUCAAUCACCUCCUCAGCCCCGCCCAUGAUGCCCAGUGAGCUGCAGACAGGUUUGCCCACAGUUCCUCUGCUGCCCACUUCCACUAACCCCUCCCUCACCCCUCUUACUCCACUUAAUCCUGCCACUGCCAGCUUCAACCCAGCCACUACGCUACCAGGCCUCAUGCCCCUCCCAGGUGGCCUACCUCCACUCCCUAACCUUCCCAACCUGAACCUGCCACUCCCAGAUCUCAGUGCUGUGUCACUACCAGGCAGCAGCACCUUACCGCCACCAGCAGGAACAACAGUUCCAUCUCUGGCUCCACUCCCGCCCUUGAACCUACCAGGUCUGGCCCCGCUGCCUCCUCUGCCCAACAUGCUGCCCACCAUGCUGCCCUCUCAUCUGCCUCCCCUCCUCCCUCAGGAUGUGACUCCCCUGCUGCCAGCUUCCUCUGUCGCCCCUCCAGCUUCAGUCACAGUCACAGCAGCACACAUGACUAAUCCAGCCACCGAAGCCACAGUCCCCACAGUGGCAGUAUCCACGAGCACCACGGAAUCAGCUCGUACGGAAACAACGCUAACGUCGUCGUAACGUGGGAAAUAUGACUCCACGCCCCAUCAAACUCAAACACACCUGGUUUGGCUCAUUCUUCCAUCUGUCGUUCUCUGUGUUUUCUAUUUAUUUGGCCAAGAGGGACACACAGAACAGACGCAUCAAUUCAGACACAGAGGUCAGCAUGCUCAUGGGUGAGGAAGCUUGUGUGGAGCGAUGAAGGAUGCAAAGAAUGGAGAACACCUGUAGACUGGUCUGACCACUGUGUCUGUAUUGCCAGAUGGCCAUAAUGCAGAGGAACCGGCAGCACCGCAGCUUGCCUAAAAGCUACUGUAUGAGGAAGAUGAGGUCUGCUCAUUUGUAGUUGCACUUCUGCAGUUAGACAAGGCAAAGACCUCUUUAAGAUUUCCUCCUUUUUCGUAUGGCAAACCUCUCUUUCAGUUUUAUAUAACAGUGUACUUUAAUGGAGCUGGACGAUAAACACAAUAUAUUGAAUUGCCAACAUUUUGAGAAAAACAGCCAGGAUUACAACUGGAAAUUAGAUGUUAAAUAAAUUAGUCCAGUCCAGAAUUCAACUCGUGAUACUGGAAGAAAUCAAUGAAAACAAGAAAACCCAAGAAAAGAAACAGUAUAUGCUGCUGAAUAAACAAGUAAACAAAUUUUUGAGUGUGAUCAUCCAGCUCUUUCUUUUUUAUUAUUAGUUAAUAGAAGCACCAAUCAGAUUAAUUUGUAUAACAUUUAUUCAUUUUUGUUGCUGUAUGUCUCCACCCAGUGAAUGAAUCUGCAUUAUUUUGCACCACCUUUUGUGUUUUGAGAUUUAGUCCCCUUGUGUGUCUCCUUGUAUAUCCAGAAUCUAUACCAUACCAUCAGAACAACAGAGAGAGCAGUAAAAGCCUGAAGGCCAUGCCAGAGGAAACUGAGGUUUACACAUACAUGAGCUACUGAGUAGAGCAUGCACUUGCUGCUGGACAGGUUAGACUUGGGUGAGGUUUUUAAAUGCAGAGCACAUCUCCUGACACGAUCUGGGUGGAUGGAAAGGCAGAGUUGCAGUACAGCCACAAGGUGUCACUGUAACAACUUUCUGAGAAUGUCUGCAGUAUGUACAGGGCACGCAAUAAAGCCAAAUUAAUUUUAAAA